AUCGCAAAGCGUCCGUGUUACUCUUAUUCUGUGAGACGCACAGGUUGUAGCCGGGAACUUUCAUUAUUAUUUUCCCACAGACCUUUCUUGUUAUUCUAGCGACCCCUGGACCCAGUAGUUUAGUAGCAGCUCCCCUACACGAGGCUGUAACACAUUUUCGCCUGUUGUUGCUUCUUAUCACCAGCCAUCGUUUUUUCUGGCUACAGUCAAUCUGUCCAUUUCCAAUGUAAUCCAUUGUCUCCCUGAUCUGUAGCCCGUCUUCCCUUGCCCCCUCGUUACUAGGUGCUGUCAGCAUGGAUGUGGCAUACAUAUGUGAAUGGGACAAAAGGCCACGGACAAGUCACUGCCCUUCAAUCCCGCUAGUUUGCGCCUGGUCUUGCCGCAAUCUUAUUGCUUUCACCACAGAUCAGCGCAACGAGGAAGAGAAAGAUAUCACAAAUUUGAUCCAUAUCCUUGACACUGAGCAUCCCUGGGAUGUAUAUUCCAUUAACUCUGGGCACCAGGAGGUUAUUACCAGCUUGGAGUGGGACCAGUCUGGUUCCCAUUUGCUUUCCGCUGAUGCAGAUGGUAGAAUCAAAUGCUGGGGGAUGACUGACCACUUAGCCAACAGCUGGCAGAGUCUUGUAGGCAGUGAGGUUGAUGGGGAUCCCAUUGUAGCUCUGUCUUGGUUGCACAAUGGAGUCAAACUUGCUCUUCAUGUUGAGAAGUCUGGUGUUUCCAGUUUUGGGGAAAAGUUCUCCCGAGUGAAGUUCUCCCCAUCCCUUACUUUGUUUGGUGGAAAGCCAAUGGAGGGCUGGAUUGCAGUCACAGUCAGUGGCUUGGUUACAGUGUCUCUGCUGAAGCCUAAUGGGCAGGUGCUGACGGCUACAGAAAGCCUAUGCCGGCUACGUUGUCGUGUGGCACUUGCAGACAUUGCAUUUACUGGUGGUGGAAACAUUGUCGUGGCCACUUGUGAUGGGAGCAGCACAUCUCCAGUACAAUUCUACAAAGUGUGUGUAUCUGUAGUAAGUGAAAAGUGCAAAAUCGACACGGAAAUCCUUCCUUCCCUCUUUAUGCGAUGUACGACUGACCCUGCACGCAAGGACAAGUUCCCAGCUGUGACACACCUUAAAUUCCUUGCCCGGGAUAUGUCAGAACAGGUUCUUCUCUGUGCCUCCAAUCAGUGUUCCAGCAUAGCUGAGUGCUGGUCUCUGCGGAAAGAGGGUCUUCCACUUAAUAAUAUAUUCCAGCAACUUUCCCCAGCAGUAAGUGACAAGCAGCCCAUGAUCCUCAAAUGGCGCAUCCUCUCAGCCACCAAUGAGUUAGAGCGUGUUUCUGCUGUGGCACUACCCAAGCUACCUAUCUCUCUUACAAAUACUGACAUCAAGGUGGCAAGUGAAACCAAGUUUUACCCUGGGCUAGGUCUAGCAUUGGCAUUCCACGAUGGAAAUGUUCAGAUAGUUCAUAGGCUUUCUCUUCAGCCAAUGGCAGUUUUGUAUGGAUCUUCCCUGCGGCCUUCUGAGGAGCCCAGCUUAAAACGGCAGCGUUCUCCUACCCCUUGCAUCCACUUCAAAGCUUUGCAGAUGUCAUGGACCUCGCUUGCUUUGGUUGGGCUAGAUACACAGGGCAAGCUAAGUAUUCUUCGAGUCUCUCCUUCUAUGGGGCAUUCCUUGGACAUGUCAACAUCCCUACGUCACCUGCUUUUCUUGCUGGAAUACUGCAUGGUGACUGGGUAUGACUGGUGGGAUAUACUGCUCCAUGUUCAGCCUGGCAUGGUACACAAUCUAGUAGAUAAGUUAAAUGAGGAAUACACAAGGCAGAAUGCAGCACUUCAACAGGUUCUUUCCACUCGGAUUCUGGCCAUGAAGGCAUCUCUAUGUAAGCUGUCUCAGAACACUGUUACACGUGUCUGUGAUUAUCAUGCAAAGCUCUUCCUCAUCUCCAUCAGUUGUACCUUAAAAUCUCUUCUUCGUCCUCAUGUUCUCAAUACUCCCGACAAGAGUCCUGGAGACAGACUUACUGAGAUCUGCAGCAAAUUCACCGAUACUGAUAUAGACAAGGUUAUGAUUAACUUGAAGACAGAGGAGUUUGUGCUGGACAUGCCAACCCUUCAAUCUCUUCAACAGCUUAUACAGUGGCUUGGAGAUUUUGUACUUUAUCUGUUGGCCAGCUUACCAAACCAGGGUUUGUCAGUCCGGCCUGGGCACAGUUUUUUGCGUGAUGGAGCAUCUCUUGGAACCUUACGUGAAAUGAUGGUGAUGAUCCGAAUUUGGGGUCUUCUAAAACCAAGUUGCCUGCCUGUAUAUACAGCAACUUCAGAUACACAAGACAGCAUGUCACUGCUAUUCCGCCUCCUGACCCGUCUUUGGCUGUGCUGCAGAGACGAGUCUCAUCCAUGUGACCCAGAUGAAUCAUUAAUAGAUGAAUGCUGUCUUCUCCCCAGCCAACUCCUUAUUCCCAACAUGGAUUGGCUGCCCCUUGGAAAUGGUAUUAUCAGCCGACUUCAGAGCAAACUUCCCUUACGCCUACAGUUUGGAAAAACCCCUGGAGCUCAUAGCUAUGCUUCAGUACAUUAUGAGGCCUACACUAGGUCCCCUACACAACCAAAGAUUGAUCACCUGAGAAGACUCCACCUAGGUACAUUCCCUACAGAGCCUUGCAAGUCCUGCACUAGAUGUGGCUGUGUGACAAUGCUUAAGUCCCCAAAUAAAGCAACCGCAGUGAAGCAGUGGGAACAGAGAUGGAUUAAGACCUGUCUGUGUGGGGGCCUUUGGAGAAAAAUGCCUCACACUUACUCGUGACUUCCUCACUUCUAUGUCUGCUGGCAAGCAGACUUGAAAGAAUUUUCCACAAGACAAGAGCCUUAUGGUUAACUUGGGGGUACAAAAACAGUGCAGGUCAAACCAUUGUACCAAUUAUGGUGCAUAAAGGAUGGAGGAACAGAUGCAUAGCUUUCUUUUCAGUAACUCAUAAAAUUGUCACCUGGAUGUGUUCCAUGAAUGGUUCAUAAUGGUAUCAUAAAUCAAUGGUUUAAAAAAAAAAAAUCAGCAGUACAAGUACAAUGAGAGCAGAAGAACCUAAGGAAUUAAAGACCGCUAACAAGCAUCUUUGCCAUAUCCUUUUUAGGAUACUGGUUUGUAAAUGUUUUCUUUCUGUCCUAAACUGGGAUUGGCCAAGAGGGUGUAGAGAUCUAACAGAAAAUGAACAAUUACUUUUCUGUUCAGCUUUACUGCUUAUAACUAUGUUCCUAGCAGCUUCUAGUAUGUAUUCUAUGGAGGAUUGACUGACAGCCAGAUUCAACUAUAUAUGGAGUUAUCCAUAAAAAAUAAAAACUCUCGCUUGCUCGCUCUCUUUCGCUCUGGUUUACAUGGGCAUAAACUUGGAAGUAAGGAUUUUGGGGCCAUAUUUGUAUUUUAUUUAUCUGAUAGCAGUGUUACUUACUUAUACUAGUGAAAUGACAUGCAUGCAACUAAAAACACAUAACAAAACACAGUGCUGACAAGUAGAUACAAACGGUGAGGAGGGAGACGUUUUGUCCGCAUAUGUUCUCCACCAGCGGUGAUCAAACUGUCCUGUGUGUCAUGGGCCUUAGCCCUGAUGUUUGUCAAUUAUAGAUUUACAAGGGUUCCUAUACCAGAAGCUUAUUAUACUGUAUUAUAAAAACACAAUUCAGAAAGCACUAAAAAUAUCACUACUGUUACUGACCUAUAGAGGUCAGCAUUAUUCACAUUCUGGACAUACUGUGCUAGCAGGAAAUAUAGAAUAGUCUGAGCUACAGUUUAUAAGUAUAGCUAUGGUGAAAGAAAUAAUGGCACCAAAACACUGAAAUGUAUCAAAAGUAUUUUUUCAUCCAUGUAAACGAGGACAGAAAUGCCUUAUAUUCCUUUAAGGUGUUACAAAAGAAAAAUAAACACAUUUUAUUUUUCUAAUAUUGGAUUAAUGUUUUCACGUUAACACAAUAUUAAAAGCUUCAAAACUGAGAUUACUAUAGGAAAACAGAUGGGAUGUAAUUAUGUGAUGACCACAACUGUAAUGAUACAAAAGAUCAGUGGUCUACAAAGUUUUUGUGUAAGGGCCACAAUACAGAUGAAAGCUGAGAAAAUCACUGACACUUUGGCACAGGCAAAAUUGAGGACAAUUUGCUAGAGAAAGAGUACAUCGCUAACGAAGUUUCACACCCUUUCACUGGAGAUUAAUCACUCAUGUGAAUGAUCGUUACUCUGCAAACUCACUAAAGUGUGAAUUUUACAGGACGUUACCCCUUUUGCCAGAGUUUCCUUUGCCACCUUAGACCUGGCAAACUGAUAAGAUGAAGCUACAUUCUCCUCACUGAUGACAUAUCCUGUAUGCCGAAAAGUCUUAAAAAUUACUAAAAAAAACUGGCAUUUUUUCAUAUUUUAAAGCGGGAAACAUUUUUUUUUUUACCAUUUGAGGGGCAUGCCACAUUUGUUUUUGGGUGAGCUGAUGCCUAGGACACUAGAGGAUCUCUUUUGUCUUUAUUUUGCUUCCUUUAAUAUUUUUAAUAACAAGGGACCACUUGAGAUGCAACUUCGCAAUUUAGUGAAUUAGUAUAGUGAUAUAGCGAAUUUGCAUCUGACACAGUGGCACAAAGUGUGGUGAAGCCUUCGCUGGCGAAAAUUCGCCCUUUAGUGAAUUUGCCCCAUUAACUUGCAGUCACAUCAAUCUACAUUAGUUCUUCAUGUAAUAUCUUCACCCAGCUAGGGGUAGUUUCUUUGGCCUGAAUAUAAUAGCAUAAUGUGCUUUGAGGACAAUUACUUAUAGUGAUACAGGUCAUGAACAAUGUCAAUAAUUAAGCAUUCAUUAGAAUUUUUAAAGAUGUUUAAUAUAAACCAAGCCAAACCCGCAAUUCUCUAUUUUUAAACAUGCAAUGAUAGUGCAGCAUGUCCGCAGGAUACUGUGGGAGCUCACUGUCAUUUGGCUGUCAUUGUCUAACCUCCAAAAGCUGAAUUAAACCUGCCGUCAAAAAGAUGUACAUGGAAUGUAACAGUAUUAAAAUAAAUACAUGCUGCCUUUUUUCUUAAUGUGGGUGUGAUCCUGCUGUGAAGCACCUCACUCCAUCUGUUACAUUGGCAUCUUUCUGUUCAAGUGGAAAUUUGAAAGCCUGAAGCCAACUGGAACCCGUUCAUACACUUUAAACUGCUUACUAAAACAUCCCAAAGUUGUUUCAUAUGUAUAAAGCUGUGUAAACAAACCGAUUUUAUUUAUUGCCAUUUUUAAUGCCAGAUUUAAUGUUAUUGCCAUUGAACACACACACUCAUAUUUAUGCAGCAGUGUAACUAUUUAAUGCUUUUCAAAUUUGAAACUUGCUACAGCCAUGACACUUGUCUAUGCUACGACUGGAGAAAACCCUAACUUAACUACAAAACUCCAUUAAAUCCAGCGUUGCCG